CGGGGCCGGGGGAGCAAUGCGCAGGCGCUUGCGGCGCUGCCCGGGUAUGCGCGAGUGUGACGUCAAGGCGCGCGACGCGGCAGCGGGCCCCGGCGCCGGCGCCGCCCGGGGCGGCCAGGCCAGGGUUUACGAAGGCCGGGGGCGGCGGACGGCCGACGGCCUGGCACCAUGUUCGGCUCCAGCCGGGGCGGCGUGCGUGGUGGGCAGGACCAGUUCAGCUGGGAGGACGUGAAGACCGACAAACAGAGAGAGAACUACCUGGGCAACUCGCUGAUGGCCCCCGUGGGCCGCUGGCAGAAGGGCCGAGACCUCACUUGGUACGCCAAGGGCCGGGCGGACGGCGCGGGACUGAGCCGGGAGGAGGAGCUGGCGGCCGUGCGGCAGGCGGAGCAGGAGGCACUCAUGGCGGCGCUAGGCUACAAGAACGUGAGGAAGCAGCCCACUGGCCUGAGCAAGGAGGACUUUGUGGAGGUCUGCAAGCGAGAAGGAGGGGACCAUGAGGAGAAGGGAGUGGACCGGCUGCUGGGCCUAGGGAGCUCCAGCGGCUCUGCAGGCCGAGUGGCGCUGUCCCGGGAAGACAAGGAGGCCGCCAAGCUGGGGCUGUCGGUGUUCACGCACCACCGCGUGGAGAGCAGCCGCCCAGGGGCCUCCCCCGCCUCUGCUAGGAAGAAGCCUCGGUUUGAGGAGGAGAAGGUGCAGCCUGGCCUGGAGAGCCACAGGAAGAGCAGGAAAGAGAAGAAGAAGAAGAAGAAGAAGAAGAAGAAGAAGAAGAAGAAGCACAAGAAAGAGAAGAAGAAAGACAAGGCACACAGGAGCAGGGUGGCCUCUCCACUGUCUCCAGCUCCUGCGAGGCCGGGGCACCACCAGUGCAGCUCUGACUCUGAAGAUUCUUUGCCCUGCUCCAAGAGGCGACGCAGCCACCAGUGACUGAGGCCAGAUCACAAGGGGCCCCCAUGUCCAGCAGGGGACCUGCCCCGGGAGGACACACUUGCCUGGGAAGGCCCCGAGACACUUCUAUUUUUCUUCAACUCACUUUGUACAUAAAUAAACUUAUUUUAAGGGGAAA